AUGGUCGCUUUACCUGAGCCUUUCGCUUCUUUCAAGCGCACUGCUCUUCUCUUUGACCACCCUUCUCCACUACAUCCUCUUCCCAAUCUUACGCGUCAUCUCAACUCUACCACUACCACUAAAGCCCAGAUAUGGGCAAAACGUGAGGAUUGUUCCACGGGUCUUGGCCUUGGUGGCAACAAAAUCCGAAAGCUCGAAUAUGUAAUCCCCGAUGUUCUGGCCCAGGGCUGCGAUACUCUGAUCUCGACUGGGGGUACACAGAGCAACCAUAUGCGUCAAGUCGCUGCUGUCGGAAGCCACCUUGGACUCAAAACUGUCUUGGUUCCGCAGAUGCAUGAAAUCUCUGACUCGAAGGCCUUUGAACUGUCCGGAAACGUGCAAGUCAAUGGCGUCCUCGGAGCUGGGUAUGCAGAGCCCAACGCCUCUCUCGAUGACAUUGCAGCUGAUGUCAAGAAGCGCGGUGGGCGUCCCUACAUAAUUGCUUCGGGUGCGUCUGCCCAUGUACAUGGUGGUCUAGGGUUCGCCCGCUGGGCAUUCGAGGUUGUUGAGCAAGAGGCGGCUCUAGGCAUAUUUUUCGACACUAUUGUUGUUCCUGUGGCAUCUGGAGGAACAAUCGGCGGAAUGAUUGCAGGUUUCAAACUCGCUGAUCGGGUGACACAAGAUUCAGGGUCUUUUCUCGUGUCAAAAUCCGGCACCCGCACCAUCAUCGGUAUCGACACCUACAACAAGCCAUCGGGUGUACUGGAAGCCACAAUCCUUGAAAUCGCCCAGAGAACGGCAAGACUCAUUGGGUUAGGUGAAGCUGCCAUCCAAGCUCACGACGUGAUCUUAGAUACGAGGUUCAAUGCCGGGAUGCAUAAGGGAUGUGACGAGAAUACCAUGAGAGCGGUGAAGUUACUUGGCAGACAAGAAGGGAUCGUCACUGAUCCAAUCUACUCGGGCAGGACUACUGGCGGGAUUUUGCAGAAGGCUGAGAACGGGGAGUUGGACGAAAGCCACUAUGUCUUGUUUGUACACACAGGAGGACAACCAGCGCUUGGGGCGUUUCCUGAAGUGAGAUAA